GCGUACGGGUCAUCGUAUACCGUCCCGCCUGCGGACGAACCGAAAUAAAUCGAACGACGCCGAGGCGAUCAGAAGUACGGUGCUCGCUGGACGCGACUGUUUCGCGUUAGUGAUGAUCAAAACGAGUUGUCGUGGUCGUUGUUUGCGGCAUUUCGCGAAAACGAGGGAACCGUGAUCCGUGAUCGAAGGCUCGAGGUGCAGAGAAGGCCGAGGACACGCGUCGUCGCUCGUUGCCGCGGCCACGGAUGCAUAUGGAGGACUAUGUCACAGGACGGUGUUUUAAAAAAUGUUCUUGCGGUGCACGCGCGUUAUUACAGAGGUGUCCCCGAACCGGCGCUGUCUGAACCAGCUCAACAGCUGAUCGGAGUACGAAGCGGCGGUGAACGGGGCCACUAUUGCACCACCACCCCGCGAUUGGAAGAAAUUCAAUUCAAUAAUCGCCGCUGGUUAACGGCCAGACGUUUGCCACACACGGGAGGAAAGGGUCUCGACGACACUUGAUAAGCGAGAAGGAGGAGAAUCGACGACAGCGACGACGACGACUACAAAGGGAAAAGAGGCAAAAGAAAAAAAAAAAAAGGAAGACGACGGACAAGGGCGAGAGGAGAGGUCUCUUUGCUUGCUUGGACACGCCAUCAUGGUCAAAACUUUUCAAGCAUACCUGCCCUCGUGUCACCGCACUUACUCGUGCAUUCACUGCCGUGCUCACCUCGCCAACCACGACGAACUCAUCUCUAAGUCCUUCCAGGGCAGUCAAGGUCGUGCCUAUCUCUUUAAUUCCGUAGUGAACGUGGGCUGCGGUCCUGCGGAGGAGCGAGUUCUGUUGACUGGGCUUCAUGCCGUCGCUGAUAUUUACUGCGAAUGUUGCAAGACCACCCUCGGGUGGAAAUACGAGCACGCGUUCGAGUCGAGUCAGAAGUAUAAAGAGGGCAAGUUUAUAAUCGAGCUUGCUCACAUGAUCAAGGAGAAUGGAUGGGAAUAAAUCGUCCAGGGGAAGGACAACGGAGGUUCGCCCCGAUGCAGAGAUACCCAUCGAACUUUCCUCGACGACGACGACGACGACGACGACGACGAUACGCCUACAAUGUUGUUCUAAUUGCAAUGUGCGGCCCCCUCCCCUCUGUCAAACCACCAACGAAAGUCUGUGAUUUCAUUUGUGAUUUGUAAUCUUAGUAACUUUUUAUGUUUCGGACAAUUCGACGUUGUUUUUCGUUCUUUCCGAUCGACUCAUCGAACAACAAACGAUGACACCGGCGAUCCGCUGCGUCGCGGAUCGGACAUACGAAGGAGUAUUGUAAAGAAAUUAUUUUUCAAAAAAGAAAGGAAAAACACAAAACACAAAACGAAAAAAAAAAAAGAAGUAUGUAUAACAAAGAAACGAUAGAGUAUAAGACCGAGAUGUCGUUAAGAGGCGACGGUGAAUAUGAUGACGAUGAAGGUGCCAUGGUGGAGAAGAUGAGGAAGAGAGAUCGGUCCGUUCGAACAGUGGGGUGCCCCACCUAAUUUUUCAAUUCAUUUCAUCCUCGCAAUACGUUUACCCGCGAAAUGUCGACGAUAAAUGGUAAAAAUUAUCGCGCGGGGCACCCCGAUCGAUCAGUUUUAAUCCGUUAUGCACCGGAGCAGCGCAAGUGCCACAGACUUUGCUGGACUGACUGCCUGCCUGCCGCGUCUAUCAUUGGAAUUUCACUGCCGAUAUUCCUAAUAUUAAUUAAGAAUUGCUGCGCCGCGUGUAGUUGGCGACGCAGCGGUGGUAGUUUUUAGUAUAGCUUACGAUAUAGCGUACUAAAGCCUAUGUUACAAUAUUAUAGGACCUCAUGGACAUAGAUACUAAGGAAUACGUAAGAGAGUGAUGAUAUUGAAAGAUGAAGAGAGUGAGAGUGAGAGAGAGGAUAGAAAGGUAAAGGUCUGGUUACUCGUGUCGCGUGUACAUGUUUGAUUUUAUGUUCACCAUGCCUGCCAAACUGUCUGUUUGUCUGCCAGUCGCCAUUACUGUUAGUAAAAAAAGAAAACAACAAAAAAAAAAAAGUAACAAGAAACGUACCGUAUUCUAACAUGUUCACGUUUUCGUCGGCUCUCGCAGGGUGUGGUAUGACUGAAUAAUAUUUUUUUGUUGUGAAAAAAUCAUUUGGACUGCGCCUUCCUAUGCACGCUCUAUGAUAUAUUAAAAGUAAACGAAACAAAAGAGUUUAAAACAAAAAAAAAAAAAUACGGAACAAGGUAAUUGCUCAUUACUUUUUAAUAAUCGAUCUCAUUUGUAAAUAUUAAAUAGAGUUCAGUGUGACAUCGUGGAUCACUACUACCGAAGCGAAACCUACGCCCGUUGGUUCGCUCUCUCGAAGCUCGAAUGUACGAUUGAUUUUUCAUCGAUCAUUAAACAAAGAAAACAAAAAUUCAACGUUUGAUAUCGAUCCAUCAUUUUUCACGGUAGACCAGUAUGUGUCGCAACGGCAAGACACAACGGCAUUCUGAUACAAUUAAUUUUCCAUCGGGUAUCGUAUCACGAAGAUAGCUUGCGUGAAUUGAACUAUUUUACUGACUCUUAGGCGGCUUUCUCGUGCUACCCCUUCGUUACUUUCCUAUGUACAAAAAAUUUACUCGACGUUUAUACCUUGUAGACAUCGAAAUUGGAAACCUUUUAUUUACCCUUUGGGAAUACAUAUUUUAAAUAACAAAAGUAUUCAGCGUUCUUUCCUAUUACAUUAAGGACGUAAGCGGCAAGUAACGUGCAGACGCGAAAAGAUUUAUUUUUAUUUCGAUAACGGGACUAAUCGAGCAAACAAAAGAAAGAAAUGUACAAAAUUGAUCAGUUCUGAUCGAGGUUAGACUUCUCGAUAAGCAUAGAUUGAGUAAUGGACA